CCGCCGCCGCUUCUUCCCAAGUCUCAACUCCUCCUCCCUCCACACGCCUCUCCGUCGGCUCGCUCGCCUGCAUCCCUUCGCAGCGGGGCGUGCCGCGUGGUCGCCCCGCGGCGCGGGGUGGCCGUCGGCGGCCAUGAACCUCUCGGACGACUGGCGCUUCCUCUUCCCCGUCUCCUCCGUCUUCGCGCCGCCGUCCCUCGUCCCGUCCGCCGCCGCCUACGGGCCGCUCCUCUUCUCCCCUCUCCCGCCGCACGACACGCUCCUCGCCCUCCCUUCCCCCUACCAGCCCCCGCGCCCCUCCUCCCGCGGCCUCCGCCGCCUCCUCCGCCACUUCGUCCGCUCCUCCUCCUUCAUCCCCUACUCCGACCUCGACCCCCUGUCGGAGACGGUCCUCGCCCCGCCGUCCCCGCCCCUCCCGGCGCCUUCCAACCUGCUCGCCGUCCUCCGCCGCGCCCGCUCCUCGUCGCAGUCUCUCGUCCUCUUCUUCCCUUCCGGCGAGAAUGCGGACCAGGUCUCCUACGUUACUCUGGACUCCAUUGCCAAUUCCGCGCCCCUCUCCGCCUCCGUUCAGAGUGAUGGGUUCAUGCACCCCAGGCACCGCAUCCAGCAGCUUGCCGUCACGGCUUGCUGUCCCUCCUGGCCGUCGGACUCAGGUGACGACCUUGUCGAGGGAUUCCUUCUUGCUGCGACGUUGUACUCGGUGAAUUGGUUCAAGGUUGAGUCGCGGAGUUCUGGUUCCCCCGCGCUCGUGCCUACGGCCAAGCAGGCAUUCGACGUGGCUGUUGUGCACGCGUGCUGGAGCAAGCAUUUGCAGUCAGAAUGUUUAGUGUUGCUGGAAAGUGGGGAGCUGUGCUGGUUCGAUCUGGAUACACUGCGUGGGGGCAAGAUGAAGGUUGGUCUUGGCUGCGAGGAUGACUGUAGGGUCUGGCUAAGCUGUGAGUACGGGGCACAACCGUGGACAGUGAUAGUUGCCAACACCAAGGCCAUCUUUUUGGUUGAUUUGAGAUAUGGGGAUCAUAGUGAAUACAAGGUUUUAGCAAGAGUUGGGAUGGAAGGGUUGUUUGAAACUGAGCCUUUUGUCAAGACUGAAUGUUAUCUUGCAUUCUGCAAGGCUCCAUUUGAUGAUCUUCUUAUAUCAGUGGUGACAGAGCGUCACUUGAUGGUCCUUGAUAUCAGACAGCCUUUGACACCUGUGUUGACUUGGCAGCAUGGGCUUGAUAAUCCAAGUCAUCUUGCUAUGUUUCAGCUAUCUGAACUGAGGCCUUCCAAUGAGCAUGAGUGGGCAUCAAAUUUCGGCAUUGCGAUUUUGGUUGGUUCAUUAUGGAGCACUGAUUUUAAUCUGUUCUAUUGUGGCCCUAAGGAGCAAGGCUCUACAGAAAAUGCUCACCUGUAUGCUUGGGAUCUUCCAUCACGGAUUUCUUUGAUAGGCCAGCAGUGGAGCGGCAGCAAUGGACUUAUGGAAGGGGUAUUCAAGGGGCACAUUCCAGGACAUGGCUCUGCAUCAGAUCUAAUUUGGAACUCCAUCAUUGGCUACCAUAUGCUUCCAAACACGAUGUUGGAGUCAUCAUUCAGUGGCUUUGCUUUGAUCCGGUUAACUUCAUUGGGUAAGUUAGAGAUGCAAAGAUUCCAUGCAUCUGGAGAUUUGCAUGAAGAUGCUGUGUGUGGUGAAUCACAACAUAAAUCUGCGGAUUGUAGUUCAUCCAUUUUUCUUGACACUGACGGAGAAAAUUUCUCUGAUAGGUAUAUAUUUUUGAAGUUGCAUUACCUUUCUAAAUAUCUGGAUGGCAAUCUGCGCAGCGCAUUGGAGAUUCAUGGUUCAAAUGUCAACAAAGACAACCACCAAAUUGUUAUUAGUGAAGAUGUAUCAGUAUUUGCAAAGGAUAGCUCUAAGUCAUGUUCUCUGUCAGUUUCAGAUUUCCUAUUCAAUGCUAGUGUGCCCAUGAACAUUUUCGAAAUUGCUUGUCAGAGCAUAUUGAGCAAACUAUCUUCAGAUAUACUUCUUGUUGCCUUCUCGAAAUACAAGGACAUGUUUGCAUGCAGUAAAGACAAACGCAUAUAUGAAUAUCUAGAAGUUCCUGCAUGUUUUCCAGAUAAUAAUAAGCUUCGGCGUUUCCUGUUGUCAAAGCCUUUAAGCACAAGUUGGAAUCUGAUGGGCAAAGCAACAUCUGGAAAUCGUCUGGUUGGUCCAGUACUUCCUAUAGAUGUUCUGCUUGCAAUGGAAGAUAGCAACAAGGGUAUAGACAGCCUUUCUCAGGUAGAAACCAGCUCAGUAAGCCAUCAGUGUAGAGAAGUUCUUGAAGCCUUUGUUCCUGAAAUAUCAAUUGCCAAUACAGAUGACUGUAAUGGAAAGGCUGCUUCACAAGAGGUGAAAGAUGAGAAACCAUAUUUUGUUUAUGAGCCUCAGAUUGAUAACAGGCCCACUCUUGACGAGGCUGCUAGAGAGAAGGAUAAAGAAGCGCAUAAGCUAGAUAACCCUUCAUGUUCGCAUACGUCUACACCACCUUAUAAGGAUGAAAACUUUAUGACAUUUGUUUGUGGAAGAGGUGGAAUUCCUCAUUCUGGACCUGAGCAAAUGGCAUCCGAUUUGUUUGAUUUCAGCCCAGUGAGGAUGGAUUUUGAGUUUCCAGCUAUAGGCAUACCACCUGCUGAGGAAAAAAUAUAUAAAUGCUUGAAGAAACAAUUUUUAGCAUGGCAAAACAAUUUCAAGCCAUACCAAGAUUUUUGUAACUCAUAUCACAUACAAAAGCCACAACAAUAGGCCUUGGCUUAUGUUGCUACUUGUGAUAUUGCAUUUCGUAUUUUGUAGUACUGUAUUAGAAACUAGGGGUCUGGAAAGUAGUCCUUUCCUGACGUGGAAUUUAUUCCCAUAAUGUGCAUAUUAUCAUUGGGGAUUGAGAUGAACCCAGUUGACCUUUGAAGCA